UGACGUGAGAGCAGAGCGAACAGAACCAGAACCACGGCGACGACAUGGAGCUGCUGCGACUCGGCGUCUGCACACUGCUGGUGUUCUGCAGUGCAUCGUGGGUCGUCUCCUCCUCCAGAGCGGUGGCGUCUCCUCGAUGCGACGCCAUGUUGGACCUGUCCUCCAACGUCUCGUCUUUGUCCGGAGGAAACGGGAACAUCCACAGCAGAUCUCUGUCGCCGUGGAGAUGGACGUCGACCACGGUGAAGGACCGGAUCCCCUCCACCAUCUGGGAGGCCGAGUGCAUCAGCAGCUUCUGUUCCAGUCCGAACCCGGGACAGACCAACCGACAGGACCUGACCUCAGUCCCCAUCCACCAGAACAUCCUGGUUCUGAACCGGCAGGACAAAGGGUGCCACUACACCGCAUCAUACCGCUCUGUGGCGGUCGGCUGUACCUGCGUCUGGACCAAGACCAUCCAGAACUAAACCAACGGUUCAGAGACAGUCCACUUCCUGAAGGGGGCGGGGCCAGCAGCGUUUAAAGCUACAGACACUGAAGCGGUGUGUGGAGCAGAACUAAAACCAGGAUCCAUGCAGUCGUCUCUGGUGUUUGGAGCUGAGACACUGCAGACACGACAGGAGGCCUUUAAUCUGAACCUGAACUAAACGUUGAAACACAAACAGCUGAGAACUUGUUGAAACCAAUCAUCUCUGGGUUCGUCUGCUUGUUGUGUUGGGUUCUUCCAGAUGUGUGAGUGAAACCAAAAUGUAAAAACUGACAUCAUCUGUAUGAUUAAAACCAGAAGCUCAGGUUC